AUGACGACAAACAGCAACAGUGUGGUGGACGAUCCCGGCCUCGCGGCUGCCUCGCCCCAGUUGCCGGCCACUGACAGCCCUGAGAUGGGGCAUGCGACGUAUGCAGGCACGUGCGGGGCGGCGGUGGAUGGCACGGCCACCGCAGGGGAACGAUUGGGUCCGGUGUCUGAUGGCGACUUGCCCGCGGCUGAGGCAUAUGCUGCAGAGGAAGGGGUGGCGCGGAUGGAGGAGGAUGCAGCCCCUGACUAUGAGCGGCAGGCAGAGCAGGAUGCAGAAGCAGAGGCAGACGGCGCCGCAGCCAUGGACGUGGACUGCCAACCCAACGGCCUGCACAGUCAUGCAGCGGCGAAUGUGACCCCUGCAGGCCCAGCAGAGGUUUGCCCUGCAACAAGUCAGCAGCCGCUGGUGCCGCCCACCACCACCGAGUCCGCCGAGGCUGCCAACGAUUCAUUCAAUGAGGUAGCUGCAGCUGCGACUGGCAACACCAAUGCUGCAGGCGCGGCGGUCGCCAACGGCACAGGUGCGCGCAACCGCGAGCACGGCGCCGAUGCGAGUGGCAGCAACGGCGGGCCCAAGGGCUCUAGCAGCGGUGACGGCACGGAUGGUGGCGGCGAUGCUGAAGGGCCCCACGCCGGUGCAGGCCAGGGCGGCGUGACUGGGGAGCAGCGCAGCGGCGGCGCCGGCAGUGGGCAGGAAGAGGGGGAUGCGGGCGGCGGGGGCGCUGACGGCGGGCAGGAGGAAGAGGACGAACACGAGGAGGAGGAGCAGGAAAGCAGGGAGCCGUCGCCGCCGCCGCCGCCGCCGGCGCGGCCUGCGCGCGUGCGGCGGCCGCCCAGGCGGUUGGUCGAGGAGGAGUCAUCCGAUGAGGUGUCAGAGUCAUCGUCUGAAAGCUCUGACGGCUCGUCAGGCCACGUGUCCGGGUCGCAGGACGGGUUAGGGUCGGGGUCUGAGGAGCCUCAGGGGAACAGCGGCGGCGCAGAGCCCCCCGGCGGUGGCGGCGUUGCGGGUGGGGAGGAGGCCGAGGGUGCCCUGCUCGGCGGCGCGGGUGGCGGCGGCAGCAGUGGCUCGGGGAAGGAGGGGGGGACAGAUGACGAGGAGGGGCCCAGCCAGCGGCCGCCGCCCAAGGCGAAGGCGGCUAAGCAGCCAAAGGCGGCCGCGCGCAAUCGCGCCGCGCGGCCGUCGAAGCCCGCCAAGAAGCCGCAGCGGCGUCCUGGGAAGGAUGCGCCGCCAAAGCAGCGGCGGCGUGCGACCAGCGAGGAGGAGGCAGAUGAAGGGCAUGAGUCAGAGGAGGACCAGGCCCAGCACACGGGAUCUGAUGCGCAGGACGAGGCGGAGCAGCAGCAUGACUCAGCCUCGGGGUCCGACGAGGAGGGCCGGGGCCAGCAGCGCGGGUCAGCAGCGAACGGCGGCAAGGCGCGCGGCGCUGUCAAGCGGGGCCGCGCCGGGCAGCCCGCCGGCGGCGGCUCGAGGGGCGGCGCCGGAGGCGGGGCCACGGGCAGCAGCGGCGACGAGGCGGCGGCGCCGGCGCGCAAGCGCGGCCGCCCGGCCAAGCGGCGGGCCUCAGAGCAGGGGGGAGCCGCGGCCGAGGCGGGCGGCAGCGGCGGUGGCGCUGUGGAGGAGGACGAGCCCGUGGCGCUCAGGCGCGGGCAGCGGCGGCGCGUAGCCAGCAAGCGGUGGCUCGAGUCGGGCGGUGAUGGCGGCGCGGAUGAG